CUCGACAGGCAGAGAGAGAGAAGCUAGUAGAGGCAGAUACCUGAAGGGCGAUAGAUCAGGUGUACAACACAAACAGAGGGAAUUGUUUUUUCCCCGUAUCUUAGCGUCUCAUUCUGCACAAUAUUAGUGUUUUCUUUAUUGUACUUUUUGUGAGUUAGCCUUAGAGUUCAUUGUGUGUACCGGCCAGCAGAAUGGGCCCUCCCCUAAAGGUGCAUGAGCUGAUCAGAGUAAUCCGCAGCGUUAAGACACAGAACGAAGAGCGAGAGGUGAUCCAGAGAGAGUGUGCUGACAUCCGCUCCUCCUUCAGGGAUGAGGACUCGCUAUACCGUGGCCGCAGUGUGGCCAAACUCCUCUACAUGCAUAUGCUGGGCUACCCUGCACACUUCGGACAGAUGGAGUGUUUGAAGCUAAUUGCUUCACCCAAGUUUAAUGACAAGCGGAUUGGAUACCUUGGCGCCAUGAUGCUAUUGGAUGAGAGACAGGAUGCCCACCUUUUGAUAACCAACAGCAUGAAGAGGGAUCUAGAGCACAGCUCUCCCAUCGUCCAAGGGUUGUCUCUCUGCACUCUGGCCUGCCUAGGGUCCACUGAAAUGUGCCGUGACCUGGCUGGGGAAGUGGAGCGUCUCCUGCGCACAUCAAAUAGCCACAUCAAGAAGAAGGCUGUUCUAUGUGCAGUCCACAUAAUACGGAAGGUUCCAGAGUUGGUGGAGAUGUUCAUUCCUGUGAGUGAGGAGCUGCUUGGGGAGAAGAGGCAUGGUGUGCUGUAUGGAGCUGUCCUUUUGGUCACCGAAAUCUGUCUGAGACACCCUGGGGCGUGCAAACGUUUCCGCAAGCUAUUCCCAUUACUUCUACAAAAGCUUAGACAGAUCAUGUCUGAAUAUUCUCCGGAGCAUGCCGUGUCAGGUGUCACUGACCCUUUCCUGCAGGUGCGCCUCUUGCGGCUAAUGAGAGUUCUAGGACAAAAUGAUGAGAGUGUCUGUGAUGCCAUGGGUGACUUGCUAGCCCAAGUCUCCACUUGCACUGAAACGCAGUCUAAUGCCGGAAACGCUGUCUUAUAUGAGACAGUUCUAACUAUUGUGGAAACUAAAUCUGCAAGCGGCCUGCGGGUUCUUGCUGUUAACAUCCUUGGACGCUUUCUGCUAAGUAAUGAUAAAAACAUCAGAUACAUUGCUCUGACGUCUCUCCAACGGUUAGUGCAGUCAGAUAACGCCGCGGUACAGAGACAUCGAUUAACCAUUGUGGAAUUUCUCAAACAGUCAGACACGUCUGUCAACAGGAAGGCCCUGGAAUUAUGCUUUGCCCUAGUAAAUGAGAACAACAUCCGUGUUAUGAUGAAGGAGUUUCAGAGGUUUCUCCAGACCUGCUCACCAGAGCUAAGAGAGCAUUGUACGUCUGGAAUAUUCCUCUGCGCCGAGAAGUUCUCCCCUUCCAAGCGCUGGCACAUAGACACCAUAAUGGAAACUCUAAUCACCGCUGGAGAGAGUGUUCGUGAUGAUGCUGUCUCACACCUUAUUCAGCUGAUCAGAGGUGCCAGCGAGCUGCACGCGUACAUCGUACAAAGGCUUUUCAAAGCAGUGAGAGAAGAUAUUGGACAGCAGCCAUUGGUUCAAGUGGCCUCCUGGUGUAUAGGGGAAUAUGGGGAUCUACUGGUGCUUGGGUCCUGUGAGGAUGAUGAGCCUGUACAGGUAACCGAGGAUGAGGUUCUGGAUGUCCUAGAGGGGAUACUGCAGUCCCAUAUCUCCAUGGCCAGCACACGAGCGUACACACUGACUGCUAUAAUGAAACUGAGCACCCGCUUCAAGCACUGUGUGGACCGCAUACGCCGCGUGGUGUCUAUAUACGGAAGCUGUCAUGACACGGAGUUACAGCAGAGAGCGGUGGAAUACAAUGCCCUAUUCAAGAAAUACGACCACAUGAGAUCAGCCAUCUUGGAAAAGAUGCCAAUAGAAGACAAAUCCGUUGAAGAGAGAGAGAGAUCCGGAGAGAGUCAUCCCAUCCCCGAAGAUAGCAGACCACCACCCGUGAACUCACACCAAAACCUUCCUGCAUCAGUACCGCCAGUGAGCCAGGUUGAAGAUCUCUUGGGGUUGUUGGAUGAGAGUGCUGACAAUCUGAUUACACGAAUACCCACUGCAAUCCCAAAGACUACCCAAAUUGUUCCCAAUGGUGGCAGUCUAUUGGAUCUCUUGGACGAAACGCUAGCCCCAGCGUUGCCUCCUUUGGUUGUAUAUAAUAAUGGUGGACUCAACGUGGAGUUUUCUUUUGUGCGCCCCCCCUCAAAUCCGGCACUUCUAGUUAUUACCUCCUGUGCAACCAAUUCCUCUUCUGCAGACAUUACAGACUUCCAGUUGCAGGCAGCCGUGCCCAAGAAUAUUCAGCUCCAGCUUCAGGCUCCCAGUGGUACUUUACUUGAUGCAUCUGGUACAGGAUCUGUGACACAAUCUAUCCGGGUCCUCAAUCCUCAGAAGAUUCCUCUAAAGAUGCGUCUUCGUUUUUCCUUCUCACACAAUGGAAAAUCCGUUCAGGAAACUUGUGAAAUUAGUAAUUUCCCGGUAGGGACAUGGCAAUGACCUGAUGGGAAAGAGUUGGCUUUAAUGGGACACUGAGAUGCAAAGGAUGUAAGUGCAGACAGGGGGAACUAACAUGCCCAACAUAACCAUCAUUAACCAUCAUUGUGUACCAUCAAAACGGAGUAAAAAGUAUCGGACAGACUGGGUCAUGUUACUAGGAUGUAUUACAAACGGAUGAAGCAUCACACAAAGUAUUUGAUACAUUUGAGAUUUGCUGAGAAAGUGGGUGUCUCAUUUAUGAAGAUGAAGAAAGGGUCAGUGUGUUUGCUAUAAUAUAUGCCCAAAGGAACUUUUAAUAAAUAUUUUUGCUUUAAUUGCUUGCAAUUUUAAGGUGUCUUGUGUAUUCUGGAUACAUAAUAUAAAUGGUUAGUAAAAACUGAAUAUUCUUAUCCGA